CGAGGGUGGAGCCAGUGGGCGGGGCUGGCAGGGAGCGAGCUAGGCAGGAGCCAGAGAAAGAAAGAGAGACGCGUGAGCGCUCGCGGCGCAGAGGACAAAGAGAGAGAGACCGGCGCCGCCCGCGUGGAGGCUGCGGCGGCAGCGGCGGUGGCGGCCCACAUGGGCAAGGCGAGAGCGGGCCAGCGGGCCGGCCCCCCGCGCUACCUGAUCUCCUGCUAGGUUGCGCGCCCGCCGCGCUGGGACCGAAGCCUGGGGUUGCGGGGGAGGGAUGGCUGCGCCGCCGCCGUCCGGCUAUGGGGCUCCUGCGAGCGAUCCCUGAUUUCGGCGCUGGAAGAAACGGGCCUAUUGCCAUGUUAGGAAUUGCCCAUUUGACACCACCCAUGUUUUUGAUUCCUACUUCCUAAGAGAGAAAGCGUUCCCAUCAGCACUGCCAUCGGUUCCCCAAAGCCCUAACCUAGCAAUGGGAAGAAGUUGGGCUGGGUGCUGGUGUUACUGGUCAUGCCAACCCAAGUAUCCAAGAACUUGGGCAGUUGAAGAAAAGAGCAAAGGUCGUGUCCGCGAACCUUCCCAGCAUUCUCCUUUCCUCCAUCGGGCUCCUUUGGGGGCAAGAACUCCUUCUUCUUCUACUUCUACUUCUUGUUUGUGAAAGGCUCAAGAGUUCAUCUUCGCAUCUGAAGAGAACCAUUUCCAUGGCUGGAACUGCCAAGGGCUUACAGAAGACUGUUGACUGAAAAGUGUGGCAGCACGCAGACAUCGGCUCCCACCAGCACCAUCCCAGACUGAAGAAGGGCCAACAGGAGCACUUGGAUUUCCAGUUUGUGCCGUAGUGCAGGCCAAGGGGACUGAGGGACACUUGUGGCCCCAUCGGCAUGAAUAGGUUGCAAGGAAGGCAGCGACAAUUUCGCCUGCAGAAGUAAAGCUUUCCUUGCCUCUUUGCAGAAGAGGUGGGAGAAAGUGGGAUCUCCUUCAUUCCCCUCCAAGCUGGAAUCUGAGAAGGACUUUAAAUUCAGAGCCUGUCAAGAGAAAUCUCUGAGGCCCUACCCUAAUUCCCGGAGUAAAGAUGGUGAUGUCCCACGGCACCUACACCUUCCUCACCUGCUUUGCUGGCUUUUGGCUUAUCUGGGGGCUCAUUGUGUUGCUAUGUUGCUUCUGCAGCUAUCUGCGACGCCGCAUGAAACGGAGGCAGGAGGAGCGGCUGCGGGAGCAGCACCUGCGCACAUUGGAAAUGGAGCCCUUGCAUUAUGAGGGCUACGGGAGCCCUGCCUAUGGGGGAGGUUAUAUCAGAAGCCCACCAGGCAUUCCGGUGCCCCACCGACUCCGCAUUGAGCCCCACCACCCUCACCACCUUCCACCCCCGAGGCCUUGGAGCUGUAGGCAUGAACCAGACCCAUCUAAGCCUCCUUGCUACGAGGAAGCAGUGCUGAUGGCUGAGCCGCCACCCCCGUACAGCGAAGUCCUGACAGACACGCGUGGCUUGUAUCGCAAGAUCAACGCCCCCUUCCUGAGCCACGAGCAGCCAGAGAAGCAGGAGCAGCCGCCCAGCUAUAAGCCCCUUUUCCUGGACCGGGGCUACGGCUCAGCCCUCCACCUGCCAAGCUCAGCCGGGCAGGGUCCCACCUGCACCAACCUCUACUUGGAGUCUGAGCACUCACAGCAUCUCUUCCCAAGCUGGACAGACUCUGAACUCAGCACCAGAGACAGCUACGAGCCCAGGCCCUGGCAUCUGCCCGUCUCAAUGCCUUUGUUUGGCAGGACUACGGCAGUGUAGCGUGCCACAUGGCAACCUAUGAGGGACGCUGGUUGCUGCAUGGAUCUGAGCAGCCUCUUCCCUUGGCCUGUGGGGGCCACCAAGGCCCUGUAGUGCAAGCCUUCCAGACACGCCUGGGCCGCAGCCUUCACAAAGAUCCCCAUUGCAACUGACCUCUUUGGCCAGGGCGAGAUCGGGGCUGGUCUCCCCAUCUCACCCACUUCCCUUUCUCUGGGCCCACUACUGGCUCUGUUGGUGCUGACUGUAAGGGGUUGGCCUAAACUGGCUUGGCCUAAACUUUGUUAAAACGAUCUUUUGUUUGUUACAUUUUGACAACAAUAAAGUUUGUGGAACCUGAUUUAUUACAAA